GCUCCUCAUCGGGCGGGAGAAGCCGGGGGAGCAGAGCGAGGUGGCCCAGCUGAUCCAGCAGACGCUGGAGCAGGAGCGGUGGCAGCGGGAGAUGAUCGAGCAGCGCUACACCCAGUACACCGAGGAUGACGAGGAGACGGGCGAGUACGCCACGGACGAGGAGGAAGAGAUGAGCCCCAUGUUCCCCAGCGGCGAGAUGGCCAUCGAGGUGUUCGAGUUGGCCGAGAACGAGGACACGCUCUCCCCCGUGGAGAUGGACCCCGAAAAGCUGGUGCACAAGUUCAAGGAGCUCCAGAUCAAGCACGCCGUCACCGAGGCCGAGAUCCAGCAGCUGAAGAGGAAGCUGCAGUGCCUGGAGCAGGAGAAGGCGCGCUGGCGGGCCGAGAAGGCCCAGCUGGAGCAGAGCGUGGAGGAGAACAAGGAGCGGAUGGAGAAGCUGGAGGGGUACUGGAUGGAGGCGCAGAACCUCUGCCAGGCUGUGGAUGAGCACCUCAAGGAGACGCAGGCCCAGUACCAGACCCUGGAGCGCAAGUACAGCAAGGCCAAGAGGCUCAUCAAGGAGUACCAGCAAAAGGAGAUCGAGUUCCUGAAGAAGGAGACG